AUGGGAUUUGUGCUUAGCGGGUUUUUUCAUUGGAUUGAUUGGUCAAGGGUUGUGAUAUUUGCCUUUGAUCUUGAAAGUGAGGAUUUUCAAGGACCGGAGGACAUGAUGAGUAUUUGGGUGAUGAAGGAGUAUGGGGUUAAGGAGUCUUGGAGCCUAGAGCUUAAAAUUGUUAUGAUUGGAUCUCCUUCAACUCAUGUUUUCAAGUUUGAGGAUGGGCAAGUCUUGUUGCUUAUUCGUGGGAAAUUGAUGGCUUAUGCUUCUUGGAAAGGUUUUGUGGACGUUGAGCUUGAGGGGACAGGACACUUUGUUGAUGCACAUGUCCUUAUUCCAAGCUUUGUUUCGCCUAGACAUAUUAUCAGGGGUUAG